AUGGUGCUGAAAGCAAGUCCGGGGCUGCGGGGCGGCGCAUCUGUUGGGAACUUCGCCUCAGCCAUGGCUGCAGGGCUCCGGUGCAGCCUCUUGUUGGCUUCUUUUGUCUUCUUGCGGGGAUGCGCCCAGAAUUUCGGGCAAACACGGUUUAUCUGCACGUCGGUGCCGGUGGAUAUGGACAUGUGCACGUCUUCUGUGCAGACCGGCAGCGCGGAGGAUCUGAAGACCACGGUGCUACAACUCCGGGAAACGGUGCUUCAGCAAAAGGAGACCAUCCUGAACCAAAAGGAGACCAUUAGGGAACUGACCACCAAGCUGGGCAGGUGCGAGAGCCAGAGCUUGCUGGAGACAGUCCCCGGUGAAUCCAAAACCAGUGGGGGCUCCAACCGGAAGCAGACUGGUUCUUCCAAAAACACCAUGGGAGAUCUCUCCCGGACUCCAGCUGCAGAGACCUUGAGCCAACUUGGGCAAACUUUGCAGUCCCUUAAAACAAGGCUAGAAACAUUGGAGCAAUUCAGUAGGAUGAAUUCUUCAAGCCAGACCAAUUCCUUGAAGGAUAUACUCCAAAGUAACAUUGAUGACUUAGAGAAGCAAGUGCUGUCCCGAAUUAACAGCCUGGAGGAAGGAAAGUACAACCCUAAGAAUGAGACCGAAGAAAGAGGGAAAAUAGAAAGCACUUUAACGUCCCUUCACCAAAGGAUCAGUGACCUAGAGAAAGGUCAGAAAGACAACAGGCCGACAGACAAGUUUCAGCUGACGUUUCCCCUGAGAACCAACUACAUGUAUGCCAAGGUGAAGAAAAGCCUGCCAGAGAUGUAUGCCUUCACGAUUUGCAUGUGGAUUAAAUCAAAUGCCUCCCCAGGUGUAGGUACACCUUUCUCUUAUGCGGUACCCGGACAAGCCAAUGAGUUGGUGCUUAUUGAGUGGGGCAACAAUCCCAUGGAGAUCCUGAUCAAUGACAAGGUAGCAAAGCUCCCAUUUAUCAUUAACGAUGGGAAAUGGCACCACAUCUGCAUCACAUGGACAACCCGGGAUGGUGUCUGGGAGGCGUAUCAGGAUGGUGCACUGCAAGGCAACGGGGAAAACCUGGCUCCUUAUCACCCCAUCAAACCUCAAGGGGUCCUUGUCCUGGGACAGGAACAGGAUACCCUUGGUGGGGGAUUUGAUGCCACGCAGGCAUUUGUGGGAGAACUGGCCCACUUCAACAUCUGGGAUCGCAAGCUCACCCCAGGGGAGAUCUACAACCUGGCCACUUGCAGCACCAAAGCCCUGUCGGGCAGUGUCAUAGCUUGGUCCGAGACCAACAUUGAUAUUUAUGGCGGAGCCACCAAGUGGACAUUUGAAGCCUGUCGUCAGAUCAACUGA